AUGGCGACGCAACAGUAUUACGAGCUGUAUCGGGGCAGCAGCAUCGGCGAAGCGCUUAUCGAUACGAUUGACGAUCUCAUCAAUGACGGCCGAAUUGAACCCCAACUGGCUAUGAAGAUCCUCAGCAACUUCGAUCGCGCAAUCGCCGAGACGCUGGCAGAGAAGGUCAAGUCCAGACUGACAUUCAAGGGGCACCUGGAGACCUAUCGAUUCUGCGACGAUGUGUGGACAUUCCUCGUUAAGGACGUCAGGUUCAAGAGUGACGGUGGGCAAGAGUUCCAUGCGGACAAAGUCAAGAUCGUCAGCUGCAAUUCGAAGAAACCGGGCGAGGCAUAG